AUGGGCGACUACUACUGGUCCAUGGACGACCCCGCCGACUACAACUGGCGCGACUACAAGCUCACCGAGCAUGACCUCCCCGCCACCGACAUCGGAGAGCAGCACGGCCCCCUCCACGAUCUCGACAUGCUCCUCGCGGGGGGAGAGCGCCAGCAGCGCCAGCGCCAGCAGCAGGACAACGACAGGUUCUGCUUCGGCGGCGUCGCAAGCCUCCUCCCUCCCGCCCCCGAGCUCAGCAUCGACGGCUACGGCCCCGUCUCGCUGCCCCUCAUCGACGCCAAGGACGCCCACCGCCUCGCCCAGGUCUGCCAGCAGGCCCCCUUUGGCCGCGGCACCGACACCCUCGUCGACACCGCCGUCCGCAAAACCUGGCAGCUCGACCCGGAAAAGUUCCUCUUCUACGAGGCCGGCGGCCACUUUGGCAAGCACCGCGACACGGAAAAGGAGGACGGCAUGUUCGCCACCCUCGUCGUCCAGCUGCCCUCGGCGCACAAAGGCGGUGAGCUGGUCAUCUACAAGGACGGCCAGCCCGUCGCCCACGACUUUGGCGCCUCGGCCGGAUCGUCGGCCGGCCGCUGCCACUAUGCGGUCCACUACGCCGAUGCCGAGCACGAGGUGACGCCCGUGACGCAGGGCUACCGCCUGGCGCUCGUCUACUCGGUGUGCUGGCCCAAGGAUCGCCCGCGCGACGAGGUGCCCGCCCAGCCCGCCGACAGCGCCCAGGGCGAAGACGAACUGUCGGCCGCCCUCGGCACGCUGAGCGACCAGGAGAAGCACUUCAUGCACUUCCUCAGCCACGACUACACCAUCAAGAGCGUCGGCGACCUCGGAGCCGCCGCCCUCAAGGGCGUCGAUCGCGACCGCAUGGGCCGCCUGCUCGCCGCCAACGCAUUGAUGCCAGCGGACCGCCGCUACGCCUUCUACAUCACGCAGGCGACGAGGCAGACCGACUACGUACUCAACGACGACUGCGACGGCUGGGAAGAGGAGGCGCCUCCGGACGUUGACUUCUCGCACCUCCAGGUACUCGAGGGCGACGGCCGCAUCACGGGCCGCAAGAGCCCAGCGGGUUGCUUUGGCAAGCGCGACGUCCUCAACCCGGACCGCAAGUCGCUGCUGGGCCUGUGGCGCGGCCACCGCAAGACAAAAUCAGGGCGCUCGCUGCUCAAGGAGAAGCCGUCGGACAGGCAACUUGAGGACUUCCUCGCCAUGCUCAAGAGCUUCUACCCGACCAAGGCGGCUGCCCCCGGCUUCUACGCCAUCUAUGAGGAUCUGCGCCACGUCCUGUUCGACGUCAUCGCCGCUCGGCCGUUCAACCAGCGUCUGUUUGACCUGUACAUGGACGUCCACCCGACCGCCAAGCUGCUCUUUGAGUCCAAGGACGGCUGGGAGGACCUGCUGCGCCUGCUAAACUGGCCCGAGGCGUGGCAGUCGGCCAGGGACCGCGUCCGCGUCGCCUUCGCCGGCGACGCCAGGCUCGCCAUCAAGGCGCUCGACAAGUCGCUCAAGGAGGGCGCAGACGAGCUGAUUCCGGUGCUGAGCGAUGCGCUCGUGCGCACCGAGGAGCCCGUCAAGGCUGGCAGGUACGAUUCGUUCUUCGACGACAACAUGUGGAAGGCCGCGUUCCUGGCGCCCGACGAGGCCGUGUGCCGCAACAUUGUACAGAGGCAGCUCAACACGCCCGCCGACGACCUGUGGGCCAUGAGCACCGUGAGGAGCCUCGAGCGCGCCAAGAGGAACGGGCCGGAGCAGUUCGAGGCGAGGCAGCACAUCGUCCGGCCGGUCGUCGAGCGGUGCGUCACCGCGCUCAAGCGACGCCGGGACAAGAGAGCGGCGCCGAUGUCGGCGGACGACUACUGGCGCUUUGACAAGGCCGACUUUUGCGACAACCAAGAGGUGCAGCGCUUCCUGCGCGGGCCCGAACGCACCACUCGGCUCGAGGGCCUGGGCAGCAUCACGGCGGCGCGCCGGGUGGUGCGCGAGAUCCGCGACAUCCUGCCGGACGACGUGGCGCAGGAUGCGGCCAAGUUCUCGCGCUACCUCAUGGGCUUUGACUGCUCCUUUACCGCCGAGGCGGGUGGCAGCGGAAAGGACGCCUACGUCACCCUCACCAAGACUGACGUGUGGCCGCAGAAGCGCGAGGAGUAUCGCCAGAGGGACGUCGAGCUGUACGACCGCAACGUUGCCCGUGCCGUCGCGCUGCUCGCCGAGGGCGAUGCGGCGAGCGCCGACAGCGGCAGCGGCAGUGGCAGCGACGAUGGCAACGGCCAAGUCCAGAAAGGCGGCGGCUCGGACGCCUCUGCUACGAGGAAGGCGCUCGAGCCGCUGCAAGAGGUUGACCACAGGCCUACGUCUGCAUCCGGAUCUGGGUCCGGGUCCGAGGCAGCGCAGGGCGGGAAGGCGACGACAAAGACGGCUUCGGAGUCGGGCAAGCAGUCGAGGGGCGAGGGAGAUGAGCUCGACGACGGCCCUCCUGCCAAGAGGACGAGGACGAGGACGAGGCGCUCGGCCGCCUAG